AUCCCAUCCUCAUCCUCCAUUGACUACCACCACUCGUCUUCCUUGCAAUCUUCUUCCUGUCCAGCGUCUGCUCCAUCGUUGGUCGCUUUCUCUCACACAGCAUUUUGUCGGAAGUCAAGCAAGCAUCGCGUUUGAUCUGACUUACAAGGUUCCAGCAAUCACACUCUUCCAUCGACCGCGCCGAGUCCAGCUCUUUCGAGCGACCCUUUUCUUUCCUAACUCUAAAGUCUCCUUGCCUCCACUUUGAUUUUAGGACACCCCAAAAUCCCAGUCUUCCAUCUACACCAUGGCCCCUGCUUCAAGCGAGAGUAAGCCAGUUUACGCAAAGGACGAGAAAGCCUUGUGUUUUCACGGCGAGCUACUUUAUGAGGCCAAAGUCACCGAAUCAAGACGCUCAGAUCCAAAGGAUAAGUCCAGUCCCUUUGAGUAUCGUGUCCAUUACAAAGGAUGGAAGAACACGUCAGUAUUCAUACUCCCAAACCCCCUUACUUUUCCUCACCUUGUCUUUUCCCCUACGACGUGCAUACAGUAUGCCAGCAGGAGGACUGAAAGUUGCUGCCUCUGCACAUCAAUCCAACAAUGCCAUUCAUUCAUUCACUCAUUCUUCUACAUUCAUCGAUCUGUUCUGGGUUGCUCCGACUGUUUCUGGUGCACACACUGUUCCGCUUUUACGCUUCAUCAUACUAAUCCAGCAUUUACUGACAUGACUGAUAGUUGGGACGACUGGGUGCCUCAGGACCGGCUGCGCAAACUCACCGAUGACAACCGAGAGCUCGCUAAUAAUCUACGGAGAGAAGUUCUCGCCCAAACCGCAUCCAAAGCACCUCCCAAAACAACCAGUAAAUCACGACGUGGCCAAGGUUCUGAAUUCGGCUCUGGAAGAGGCAGCGAGGAGAGAUCAUCUGCACCCAUUACAGGUGGUCGUGGCUCGAAACGUGCCAGGGAUAAUGAUAUUGAGAAGGAAGACAACUAUUACAAUCGCCCAUCGAUUCGAAUAUCGAUUCCCGAUCAUCUCAAAAGCCUGCUCGUUGACGACUGGGAGAAUGUCACCAAGUCGCUGCUUCUAGUCCCACUCCCAAGCAAGGCACCUGCAAACUACAUCCUAGACGAAUAUUUCAACGAGGAGAAACUGAAUCGCCGCCUUGGCUCGGUCGAAGCAGAUAUCCUACUAGAGUUUGUCGCUGGUCUCAAAACAUAUUUUGAAAAAGCCAUUGGCAAGAUCUUGCUAUACCGUUUUGAACGUGCACAGUUGGCAGAGGUUCGCAAGCUCUGGGAAUCCGGGCAACACAAAGACUGGGAAGGGAGAGGCCCCGGUGAUUGUUACGGGGCUGAGCAUCUCACCCGUAUGGUCGUGAAUCUUCCCGAGAUCAUUGCACAGACAAACAUGGAUGCUGCGUCGGUCAACCGCCUCAAAACCGAAUUGAGCAAGUUCAGCACUUGGCUAGCUCAGAACAGCUCUCGAUUCUUCUGUGCUAAGUAUGAGAAACCUAGCGCAGAGUAUGUAGAAAGUGCGCGAUAGAGUUUCUUGCAGCCAGCGGCGCCUGGGAACACGAUGCUGAGAAAGGCAGAUACCCAAGUUGCUCCUGAUCUUGACGCUAGCAGGACUCGAUGGUACGGGGCGUGCGUUUUCGUGUCAGGGUCAAGCACCAGUCCACGACGAUUAUAUGCGAUCAAAGGAAAACCACGGAAAGCCAUAAAGCCAUGCAAGCUUGUUUCAACAGAAAGACGGAGGUUUUCAUCAUCGCGCUUCAUUCAGUGAUAAAAAUGUUGCUCGUUGACAAGAUGCAUUCAUCGAUGCUCUCUCAGAAAAGAAAUCUUCUGCCCUACAUGGAGUGAUCAAGCUCAUGGUUCAUACCCACUGCCAUAAGCAUACGCCAAAGCUCAAUCGUGCUUUCAAAGAAAAGAUCCACACGCGUCGUGGAGAACGCUGGGAGGUCCCACAUUCAUUAAACCGGGUGAAACAAUCAAAUGAGCGACCUGAUUUUACUUGCAAAUGAACGAUAAUGACAGUAAUCGCUCCGACUCGAUUGUAUUUGUACAUGUAUAUCAUAGGAAACGCUCAUUGGUGAAAUUGGUCAAUCGUUGCUUAUGGGGGGAAGCAGAUAGGGUUGAAAGAUUGGUGGCGGACAUAAAUCAUUGCGUAGUCCAGAGUUAGGUGGUCGGCAAGAAUUCGAAGAAAGUUG